UAUAUUUCAUGAUCAGAAUAAUCUGCUGCAAUUUGCUUUUAUACAGGUGUUGGGGAAGCCGAAAACUCUCUCUGGUUCCUCCAGCUGAUAUUGGCUAUACAGGGACAAUCCUAAAGGUUGCCAGUCGUGGGGGUAAAAACGUAUAUAUUGCUCCUAUUCAAGAGGAACUUAGCAAUGACCCUGUACCGCUAAGCGAUGAGUCCUUCAGAUGCAUGCCAAAAGCAAAAUGCCAGAAGUGUGGCAUAGGUGUUCCACUGCAGCUUCUGUGAGAACACCUAAAAUCCUCACCACUGCAGCAGUGUCCUGUCUGCACAGAUAUGUUUCCCUCUGACUUCAUUGAGCUGCAUGCUUCUUCAUGUGGAGAAAGUAGCUCACGAAAUGAAAAGGGGCAUGAAGAUACAGUAAUUGAGGAAGGGCUAGCAGAUAUGCCAGGACCAUCUGGAACUACUUGUGAAAUCAGGGAUGAAAUCAAACCAUUAGCCAUAUAUGAAUGUGCAAAGAAUGCUUUGGACAUGCAUGAAAUGGAGAGCCCAUUAUGUCUCACAAUGGACAUCAGACAAACUGUAGCUUAUCAGGACAUGGCCCUAAUCUCAUUCUACAAGAGACCCAAAAUUGAAUGGGCACGUCCUUUGGAGUGCAGGCUUGACGGGGAUACAGCUAUCGGACAAGAAGUAAUACGUUUUUUCUUAUCAACAUGCAUGGAGAAGCUGAUGUCUGCUUUUUGCAUCAAUUUUGCAAACGCUAAUGUUACUCCACUUACAUACCAUCAGAUGGUAGGGCACUCCUUUCUUCAUGGAGGCCCAUGCCUAUCUGGACUUAGCCCAACCGUUGUGCAUGUCCUACUUGGUGGUAGUCCUGAAACUGCCACAGUUACACCCGAGGACUGUCCAGAUCUAGACCUGAGAGGGACAAUUCAGCUUGUAGGGCAAUCCAAGCUGUCAGAUGAAGAGAGAAAACGUGUUCAGGAUCUGGCAUAUGCAUGGGACCUCCCCCCCUUGACAGAGAACAACAGGAGAUGGCUGUUUGAGAAAUUAUUACUCCAUUCUGUCAUUGGAAGAGUGACGAGGUCAAUAAAACAGCUGAGAAGGGGACUUAAAGAAACCCCUAUGUGGACCCUGCUGACCCAGCGACCUGACACGGUGCCCUUACUCUUUCCACAAGAGUUGGCUGCUGUGAAUCCUGAGGUGCUCCUUUUGUGCUCCUAA